UCUCGUCGUCAGAGAUUGGAACUACAUAAAGAGCGAGCCCUGCCAAGCCACUGCAGAGAGGAAAUCUCCAGUGUCCAAGUGUUCCCUGAAGUCACGUAAAUCAUGAAGAUCGUAUUGAUCUCUGCACUUUUCUUCGGAAUUUGUCAGGCAUCUUCCCACAACCUUCCAGGUUUUCUUCCGACCUUUAUAGGUCCCCUUCCAGCUGCUGAUGAAAGACCUCAAAAAGUGGAUGCAACCAUUACGAAUAGAAAUGUGAACGUAGUGGUGACGGUUGAUCCAAAGACUGUGGCAAGUGAAUUGAUGAAACUUCUUGAAGCGAGAGCGGGUAAGCAUCAAGGGAGAAGAGCCCUAGACGCCUACCAAACAGUGUUGGACAUUGAGAAGGCGAUAACACCCCUUCUGGCUCCAGCGAGGCGUGCGAACUCCCUGUCACCGUUUGAGACAGCCUAUGCCCUAGAUCACAUCGCAAGACGGACUAUCACAAAGGACGGAUCAAAGCCACCAACGAUUGAGGAGGAGAUCGCGACACGAGAUGUCGUAGCCGAUAUGAUGAAGACCCUGAGGAGCUUGACGGAGGGGGAGUCUGAGAAGAAGCAGCACGAGGCGGGUCCAAUCGCAUCGAGAACACUCGGCGAUACUCAGGACUUUGGACACAUUAAAAGGUCAGAGGCCAAGGAGAACGACGAUGACUUCAUCAUUCUGGAGCUUGAGGUUUCUAAAGCUGGACUGAAAAACGCAUUAGCGUGAAUAAUAUCGAAUGAUUGUCUGAUAACUGCGGGAAAGUCGAAUUUUGUUUUUCGAUCUGGAAGAGAAAAUAAAUGGGGGAUGAUGGGGUA